AUAAGAUCACUUCUCACUAGUCAUACUACCCUGUUUCAAAUUCUGAAACUCAGACUGACUGCACGGGCAUUCUCAUAGAUUUCUCACUCUGUAACGUAAAUAUGAGCCAGUUUCCUUAAAUCAUCCUCCACGAAGCUAUCUCUCCAAUAGGCAGGUAAUCUUUCGCCUUAGUGGAGUUUUCUAAUUUUAACUAACUCUCAAUUUAGCUGAAGAAUUCUAUGAGUAGUAAGUUCCAAAGUAUUUCAUCAAGUGCAAAGUUUUUGUUGAAAAGUCAAUUUGACUAACGCCGUUAUUGCACCUUUUUGAGGUUUUCUAGUGUUUUCGAUGUUCUUAUGAUUAAAUUCACUCGUUCGCUAUUUUCAGUCCCAAACAGUAUAAGCUUUCAAUACAUUGCUUUAUGUUAAUAUUUAAUUUUUGUUUGAAAUUUUAAAAUGUAUCGGAUAAUGAAUUCCUUUGUUUUGAUCUUUGGCAGAUAUACUAUUACCUGGAUGAAGAUAAUGCUUGGGCUUUAAACAUUAAAGAGUUGAAACGUGCCAUUGCGGAAUCAAGAAACGUGUGUCAGCCUAGAGUUUUAGUUGUCAUCAAUCCAGGAAAUCCAACUGGCUCUGUUCUCACCAAAGAAAAUAUAGAAGAAAUUAUCAGAUUUGCAUAUGAAGAAAGAUUAUUUCUUAUGGCUGAUGAGGUUUAUCAAGACAAUAUAUAUGCCGAUCGCAUGAAGUUUCACUCAUUCAAAAAAAUAUUAAUGGAAUUAGGAGAAUCUUACAAAAGUAUGGAAUUAGCUUCUUUUAUGUCUGCAUCGAAAGGAUAUAUGGGCGAGUGUGGAUUACGUGGCGGUUACUGCGAACUAAUAAAUGUAGAUCCUGAAGUGAAAAAAAUGUUCUUGAAAUGUAUUUCAGCGCGUGUGUGCAGCAGUGUCUUAGGACAAGCUGCAAUGGAUUGUGUUGUCAACCCUCCUCGGGAAAAUGAACCCUCAUAUGAUCUCUUUAUGAAGGAGAAGAAUGCAGUAUUGCAAUCUUUUAAAGAAAAAGCAAUCUUAGUGGCUAAAACUUUUAGAAGUAUGAAAGGAAUGAAAUGUAAUGAAGUUGCUGGAGCCAUGUAUGCCUUCCCUCGUCUAAUUCUUCCACAGAAAGCAAUUGAAAAGGCUAGAAGUAUGGGUCAAACUCCUGACUUCUUCUACGCAAUGCAGCUUCUUGAAAAUGCAGGUAUUUUCGUCAUACCAGGAAGUGCUUUUGGACAAGUACCUGGAACAUAUCAUUUCAGGACAACCAUCCUUCCUCAAAUUGACAAAUUGAAAAUCAUGCUAAAACUAUUGAGAGAACAUCAUGAAAACUUUUUAGCGGAAUACGAUUAGAAUUUAUCAUAUGUUGAAUGCAUCAUUACAAUAUUUGAAGCUAGGAUGGAAGAAUGAGCUUCAAUAAAUAUUAUUAAGAAAUGCGUGAAUCUGCACAAUUCAUGGCUGAAUUUUUGUUUACUCAUAUAUUAUACUUAUUGUUGUGAUUAUAAUCUUUUUUUAAUCAGUUUUUGAAUUGUAGAAAGAAAGUAUACCUUUGGUCCCUUCUGUUUCUUACCCGUGCGGAAAUCUUGUUAUUCUGGAAUGAUGCAUCUUCGUCAGCAAAAUCUAAUUAGAAUAAACUUUGUUUAAUCAAGUAAAAUAACAUUGUAUCCAAAGAAGCCAGCCAUAUUUAGUUAUUUUGAAACCAGCCUGUUAUUUAUCGUUUUAUUCUUCAGAUGUAAACAUGUAUUUUACAAUGAAAACAAAUGUCAUUUUCACAUCAUAUGCAAGAUUAGUGAACUGAGAAAUAAAUUUCUGCUCCGGAGAUGAUUUUAAGUAUAUACAUUCAUUGAUGGAUUGUGUCAGUUAAAAUCAGUGUUUCUUAUACGCAGGGUCUUCGAGAAUGAAUAGUGGGAUUUUAUGAGGUUUCUGUGAAUAAGGUAUUAUUGGUAAUUAUUGUAAAUGCAUUUAAAAUUAGACAGAUAAGCAACUUCCGAUUAUCUUAGAUUUUAAUA